AAAAAGACAACAAUCGUGCUGGUACCUCAACACAUCGCAAGCUGCUUGACGAACGCUUAUGAAUCACUACUUGGCUAAUUUUUCAAAUAGAAGGGAUUUCUAACUUGUAAGAGCCGACUUUAAUUCACACACUAACGUUAUUUUCUGCUGGGUGAGCUGUGCUGAGCGGUGGUCACCAUGACAACAGACGAAGCAGAGAGUCACCAGAAGAAGCCGAAUCAUCAGGAGGAAGCCGGCCAGGACGCAAAGCCGUCCUCUCCGGAAGAGGAACACCUGCGGACUCGCAACCGCAACUCGGCCGGCCGCGGCCUCUCCCGCCUCUUCUCCUCCUUCCUCAAGAGGCGCUCGCAGUGCGAGAGCGAGGGAGGGGAGAAGGGGGAGGAGGAGGUGGAGGAGGAGCAAGAAGCCAAAGCUCCCAUCGCCGACCCUGAACCCGAGCUGAAAAUUGAGGGAGAGGUGGCCCACGACCGGCACUCGGUCAGCAGCGGCGAGGCUCAGGCUGCCCAUGUAGAGAAGAACGAAGCCGAGGAGGGUGGAAAAGACAAAGAGCUCAACGAGGAGAACGCAGAAGUGGCUACACUGGAGAAAGAGAAGGAGGAAGGAAAGGAGGCUGCUCCUGAAGGCAGCGGUCACGGCGAGAAAGAAGAGAAGGCCGCAGAGGAGGACUCCCAAACUCCCAAAGCUGCGCGUCGCCCCAAAACCAUGCAGAUCAAAGUCACCCUGCUGGAUGACACUCUCUACGAGUGUGAGUUGGAGAAACAUGUCAAGGGCCAGGAGCUGUUCACAAAAGUAUGUGACCACCUCAAUCUGCUGGAGAGGGACUAUUAUGGGCUGCUCAUCUGGGAGACGCCCAAAGCCAAGACUUGGAUGGACCUGGCCAAGGAGAUCCGCAGGCAGGUGCAAGGUUGCCGCUACGAUUUCACGUUCAAUGUGAAAUUCUACCCGCCGGAUCCAGCCCAGUUAUCCGAAGACAUCACGAGGUAUUACCUGUGCCUCCAACUGCGUAAGGACAUCCUGCAAGGGCGUCUGCCCUGCUCGUUUGUCACCUUGGCCUUGCUUGGCUCCUACGCUCUGCAGUCAGAGCUGGGCGAGUAUGACCCCGAGGUGCACGGCAGUGACUACGCCAAGGAGAUGAAGAUGACUAAUGGGCAGAGCAAGAAGCUUGAGGAGAAGAUGAUGGAGCUUCACCGCACUUACAGGUCAAUGAGUCCGGCUCAGGCCGACAUGAUGUUCCUGGAGAACGCAAAGAAGCUGUCCAUGUAUGGAGUUGACCUACACCAGGCGAAGGAUCUCGAUGGCGUCGGCAUCAUGCUGGGCGUUUGCUCCAAUGGCUUGAUGGUUUAUAAAGACAAACUGAGGAUCAACCGCUUUCCCUGGCCCAAAGUCCUGAAAGUCUCCUACAAGCGCAGCAGCUUCUUCAUCAAGAUCCGCCCAUCUGAGGUGGAGCACUAUGAGAGCGCCAUAGGCUUCAAACUACCUCACUACAAAGCAGCCAAGAAACUGUGGAAAGUGUGCGUGGAACAUCACACGUUCUUCAGGCUGACAUCCACCGAGAUGGUCGCGACUCCCAAGAAGUUUCUGCCUCUGGGCUCCAAAUUCCGCUACAGCGGUCGAACGCAGGCUCAGACCAAACAGGCCAGCUCCCUCAUUGACAGACCGGCGCCUCUUUUCCAGCGCACUUCCAGUAAGAGGAACUCCCGCAGCAUGGAUGGAGCCAUGGCAUCCACCCCAGACAAUAAAUCAAGCCGCCCGGUCAGCGCGCCCGUCAUGUCGCCGCUGUCUCCUGGGGAGAAGGCGCCGCCGUCGCCGCUGUUACGCAGCCUUCAUCUGCCCAACCGCGGCAACGGCGCCGCGCCCAAGUGCCGCCGCUCUGCCGACAGGAAGGCCGAGGCGAAGGGCCACGCUCGGAAAACCGAAUCCACCAAAACCCCCAGCCCCAGAGCGGAGUCCACUCCGGAAUUGAAGACUUCGGCCGGGAGAGAACGGAGACGUUCGCCCUCCGCGACCGCCGCCAAUGGGGAACGGGAGAAAAAGACCCAGCAGUGUCCUCGGGACAAAUCAAAGAUGGAGACCACGCGAGUGAGGAAGAAACGGGCUAAGAAACUUGAGGGUGAAACGAUUUAUAUCAGACAUAGCAAUUUAAUGUUGGAGCUUAACCCGAAAAGCUUGGCAUGCACCAUUUUCCUCUCUGACUCUGAUGACGUGGAUAAGACCCAGACGGAGAUCAUGCGUCACCACACAAGCAUCAGUGAGUUGAAGAGGAGUUUCAUGGAGUCGGUCCCAGAGCCUCGACCCAGCGAGUGGGACAAGCGUCUUUCCACCCACUCGCCUUUCCGCACGGCGAGCAUCAACGGCCAGCUGCCACCAGCGUCUCCAGUGCUGAAGACCCAGACAAUCACCAUCUCGGAUGUCACCAACUCUCUUCGAGGAAGCGUGGCCCUGAAGGACAUCCCCUUGGUUCACACGGAGACAAAGACGAUUACAUACGAGUCAGCCCAGCCGCUGGACCCCUUUGCGGAAAGGGACACGGGAGUCCUCCUCAGUGCCCAGACCAUCACAUCCGAGACCGUCAGCACCACCACCACCACCCAGAUCACCAAGACGGUGAAAGGAGGCAUCUCCGAAACUCGCAUUGAGAAGAGGAUCGUCAUUACCGGAGACACCGAAAUUGAUCAUGACAAGGCUUUGGCUCAGGCGAUAAAAGAAGCCAAAGAACAACACCCGGACAUGUCGGUCACCAAAGUGGUCGUCCAUCAAGAAACGGAGAUUUCCCCCGAGUGAGACCGACCGGCUCAUCCCCCUCGCAAGCGCUGAGGCGCGGGGCUCUUUUCUCUGGGAGCAGCGUUGUUUUUUUUUUUUUUCCUCCCCCACCAUCCCCCCCCCAAAAAAAGGCUGGCAGGUUGACGGGCCACCUCCAAAUUGGAUCGAUGGAUGACUCUGAUCUCGAUGCCCUCAUAGGCCUCCCUCAACCCCCCCACCCCCACCCGCUCCCCCCAUCACACCCUUUUUUUUACCUCAGAGCUGCGAGCGUGACGGACCAACUCCCUGACGGAACCUCGGGACGUUGCUCGCCGGGGAGAAAUUUUCCCGCUGCUGCCAAAAACGCCCAGCGUCCGAUUCCCCAACGACGACGUACCUUCUAUCAGGAACCAAAACCACACUUGUGAACAUUUUUUUCCAAAAUGAGGCAUUUGGUCUUUUAAUCUUUGUGAUGACGGAAGUUUAUUUUUGUAGAGCUUUUCUAACAAUCCCAAUUGGUUUGCGAUCACGUGGGGGGGCAACGCCGGGUUUGUUUUUAAUGGACGCGAUGCGAUCCAAACACGGGGAAACGUGGCUGAUUGUACACAUCCGGACUCAAGGUUCCUUUCCCGCUCGCUUUGAUUUCUUGUACAGUCCAUGAUUCGUGUCUCCGGUUCCCCUUGAAUGUGAAGAAAUGUUUUGUUUUGUUUUCUUCUUCUUCUUCAACGUGGAAAAGAAUCUUCCCUUUCUUGACA